CCUAUUUUGUCAAGAAUCGUAUUAUCGAGGAUUCCAUAAGCAGAGACCAAUGGAAGAUGGCGGAGUGGAUGGAGAAAGGGGCCUUCGCUUCCCUUCUUCAAUCCCUUCUGGCGACCAGACUGUUUGGGCUGACGCCUCGGCUCUGCUUGAAGGUGCUUGUAGAGAUCUUCGAGACGGUGAACUCAUUCAUGGAGAAAAUUUCAGUCUCUUCGCUGCUAUGUCUGCCUUGGAGAUAAUGGAUCCAAAGAUGGAUUCUGGUAUUGAAAAUUCUGGAUACCAUUCUAUUGAGGAAGCCAUUGAGAAUGGUGCUGCUCCAGUUCCUUUAAGUUUUGACAGGACGGUUGAUGUUCAAUGCAGUAUUGAUGUGAUGGACCAUCUUUUGUCUUGCGAGGCAACAUGGCACAAAGGUCAUUCAUUGGCACAAACUGUCUUUUCUUGCAUCUACCUUCUCAGGCUUGACAGAACAUCGCCACAUGCCUUGUUACAUUCUUAUUGCAGGAUCAUACGUGCAACCUGCAAUGUUAUCAUUUCAGUUGUCUCAGAUGCUCGUACCCAUGAAGAAGAGGAUCAUUUUACAAUGGCAUACGGUCUACCUUUGAAUGGGGAGGGAGAUGAAAAAUGCCUGUCAAUGCUAAAUGCUGUUGAAGAAACAAUUUCUCGCCAGUUGCGCGCCUCUAAAGCUCUAUCAUCCAAAAGGGGAUUAUUGGAAGAUAUAGGGCCAGUACAAACAAAUCCUGAUUUGGAAGAAGGAUUUUGCAAAGCUUUGCUCUGCCGUUUACGCUUUCGUAAGCACUUUUACCAUGUUCUCACGUGUAUGAGGAAACCUCAAGGAAGAGGUUUGGAGUUGGCCAGGAAACAUAUUGCCUCCUGCUUAUCAGAGUUAGUAAACAUUCAGAAAUCUGUGGAGUUCCUUAGGUCUAACGCCUCUGAAUCUUGUCAAGAUGAUAUUGGAGAUACAACAACAGCUUCUGGUCGUCGAUCUGUUGGGUUUGAUGGAUGUAUAAACACUAGAUUAUCAGCCCCCACUCCUCCCCGUGCAAUUAAAAUUUUGAGCUGGAAAAAGGCUAUUGAGUAUUUUGAAAAGCUUCUUCACGACCUAGACAUUAUUUGUUCAUUCUCUCUGGAUCCUUCAUUAGAAGUUAUUUUGCGCUUUGUGGUUCAAUUCCAAAAAACUCAACCUGAUUUGGUUGCAAGAGCUCAUCUGCAGCGUCUACUAGUUCAAGAUGGGAAACUUUAUGGACGUGUUCUUAUCUUCGAUGUGAUCUCCAGAGCUGCUGCAUUACCCGAAAUCUCAAAUAUUCAUGGAGUUCAGAAGAACGAAUUGAUUGUACAGCUAGCGCAGCUACUGAUCAACUUACUUAAAAUUCUUUGUACAAAUGCUGCAUGGCAAAGACGUAAACUUGGGAAGAUAUUACAAGACUGGAGUAUUAUCUCCAUGCAGCUUGAGCUGGCUUCCCAGAGAGACUUUAGGGAUAUGUCAAAUAUUACAGAUGAUGAGAAUGUAGCCAUGAAACUGUCAAAACAUCUCCUUAUUUGGGCAGAGGAACAAAUGUAUUGGAUCGCUUCGCGUUUCCUCAUUUUGGGAUUCGAGCUGGAGCUCUAUUCUCCUAGUGAAUACUGCAUGGUGUACUGGUAUAUGUACAUUGUCUUGAUGAAACUUGCAGAAAUUGCACAGUUCAAGAUGGUGACAGUCAGUGACAGUACUAAACGCAAAGGGAAGAAAAAAAGGGAUCUCACAAAGGAUAUUAUGAGGGAUUCUCAUAUCACACCUACAGUCAUGUUCCUCCAGUGUUACAUUUGUCUCUCUGAAGGACUCACAAUGAUGCUUGCUGCUUUGAGGAAUGAACACAAACUUUUGGAGGGAUCAAGUGCUUUCAAUACUGAGCAAGAGAGAUUCAUCCAGCACUUUGAGCUUCUACAAAAGGCUCAUGUUCCCCCUCACGUAACAUAUUUCCUGUUCAAGGAAUCUACAAUUCAUACCCACUUCUCAACUGUUGUUGAAUACAAUUACUUUAGAGAUGCUCAAAGGAUCGUGAAGGAGCUGAAGAGUAGUUUCUCUAGUGAUCCAGACAGACUAGCUGAACUCCAACAAAUAGAGCAGGUUGCUGAGCGUAACCGGGUAGCUCUCAAUGUCAUUUGUCAAGUUGGGGCACAGGACCCGUCCCUUAAGAUUUCUUUUGAGCUCAGCCACCAUCCUUGCUUUGCGAUUGCUAUUGUCAAGAGAUCUUAAAAUUGGAUAGCAGCAGCCCAGUGGCCAUGAUCAAUUUUGAAACCCAAUGUAGGUCUUCUAGGUAAUCUGAACCGUGUCAAUUGGCGAAUGUAACAUUAGUCCUUGAAAAGAAAAAAAUACCCUUCAAUUGAUAUUGAAAUGAAAGGGAUAGUUACAUUUGGAGAAGGACAUGAAAGUAUUUAAUUUGUGUAAAAUUACUUCUAAGUUAUUGAAUUCCAUCCAAAAAAUAAAAUAUUUUU